ACAACAACGAUGCAUUUCUCCUCUUUAAAAUUUUUAGAAAUAAAACAGAAAUAAUAAAGAAAAAUGUUAAUGAGCUGAACUUCUAAAAACGACUAUUUCCAAAUUACAUAUCAGAAAUAGUAGAAAGCACAAUAUUUUAUACAAAAAGACUACAAACAAAAUUUGCAAAAUAUCGCCUUCAUAUCACAGUGUAUAUUGGUUUACAUAAUUUACUAUUGCCAUGGCAACUCUUCUAUUAUAUUUCAAAACAUUGCAGCCUGUGUGGUAAUCGUUGUUUAAAAAUAGUAAAUAAUUCACCUGAAAUCAUAUUGAUGAAACUUUUAAGAUGAGCUACGAAUUUUUGGCUGGUUAUCACAUCCCAACAAUAUCUCAAGGAAUACCCACAACAACGCUAGUGCCAUUUUCCAAUGAGGGUCAACUGCAAACUAUGGAGACUGACAAUCAAUAUCAAAAUGUUAAUAGAUAUAUUCCUCCAGGUUUACAAGGUACAAACAGCGCACCGAUUACGCCCCCAAAACCACUAAAACGUAAAUAUGAUGUGGGUCCCGGCAGCAAGGACGUUGUGACAGAAACUCCAACAAAUGGCCAGUUAGUCAUAUUUUACGGUCGGGAUGUUAGCUAUCCGGAAGAUUUGAAUAAAUUGUUGCAUCCGCUACAUUGCACGAUGUGUGGCGUACAAAUGAAUUCGUCAAAAAGUGCCAAAGAUCAUUACGAAUCUAAACAACAUGAUCGUCAUAUAACAAAUUGGUUAAAAAUAAACUACAUUGAAAAAGGACUAACAGCGCCGACAGUGAAGCGAUUCAUUAAGGACGGUCCAUGCGGACCAGAUACUUUCUAUUGUGAAGUGUGUGAUUUGAAAUUCGGUUCUUUGGCACAUGCAAGCCAACAUUAUGCGGGUCGCAAACAUAAACUGGUCGUUAGCAAAAUAUCACAACCUUCCGGAUCUGGUUAUUAUAAUGCUGAAAAUAAAUGGAUUCAAACUGGUACGAAAUUUAUACCAAAAACUGAUAAUGAUAAUCGCUUUGGUAUAGGUGAAUUAUUUAAGCAACAAACCGAUGAGACAACUAUCAACGUUGUGUCCACUGCCGACACUACUGCUAUGCAAACAUCUGCGCCAGAAAACAUUGUGGCUAGCUCUAUCGACAAAAUUUCAGUGUCCACCGGUGAAACACUCAAAGUAAAACCUUUAUCCCUGCGCUGUGAAAUAUGUAAAAUUAAUGUUACGUCUGAGGUGCAGAUGUCAAUGCAUUUAAAAGGCAUAAAACACAAAAAAAAGUUGAAAACUUUAUGCUUGGACGAGUCGCUUGAACAAAGUCCAGUUGUAUCCAGUGCGCCAGCUGUAUUGGUUAAAACCGAAGAUACGAUACUAGAAAGCCUUAAAAAAAGUAACCCAAGUACAGAUUUCUCAAUGUAUCGCACACCAAGCGGCUCCUAUUAUUGUGAGUGCUGUAAUAUGUCCAUGUGUCAUGUAGCAGCGUUACAACAACAUUUGGCGGGCAAAAAGCAUAUGAAAAAAAUUAUCGAAGUUAAAGACAAGGCUAAAACCAAAACCGAUUCGAAGCUCUAAGCGGCUUUACCUAAUCAUUUGGUUCUGCAAUAUAGAAGUUUUAGGAAUAUACUCAGCUUAGUAAUUCUACUUAGCUCUGCAGUUCUUAUUAUAGAAAGUGAAUUGCAAAAUAUGUAUAUGCUGCUUUGCAAUACUAAUAUUUGGAGCUCUUGAUUAAUGCAUAUUUUGAUGUUAAAUGUUUUAUUUUCAGAAGGUAAAAACUAUUGCUAACGAAAUUAAUAGAACACGUAUGCAAAUCAACAAAAUCAAAAUAUUUAUUGUAAUACAACUUAUGAUUGUAUUGAAUGAAGGAGGCCGAGCUUUGCUGUCGGGCAAAAGGCAAACGUUUAUCAAUAGCACAUAGUGCAAUAUUUUUACACAUGUAUGUAUGUAUACUCUUAGCAUAGUAGAAUUGUACGCUAACAAACAUAUACUAAGUGUUUACAAUAAUCAUGUAAGUUUUGAAUCGCUCUAAAUUCAAUAAACGGACGGGGCCCUAAAAAAAUUAUACCCAGAUUCAAAA